AUAGAUUUAGAUAGAUAGUAUAUGAAUAGAAGAUAACACGCAGAGCGUCACUUAUCGCUCCCGCCCUUCGCGCACUUGUGCGCCUCCUUCCUGCACUUCCUUUCAAGAUGGAUCCUACACAACUAUUGAUUGUAGUGGCAGUUGCUGUAGUCCUGGUAGCUGUUCUAAUUGCCCGGCAAUUGGCCGACUACAAGCAGCAAGUCGCGCAGCUCGACCCUAAGAAGACGAAAAAGCCGCGCGAGUUCGGCGUGCACACCGUGGAGGAAGUCGCCAAGCACAACAACCGCGACGAUGCGUGGAUUAUCGUGCAGCACAAGGAGACCAAGGAGUGGCGCGUGUACGACGUGACGGAGUACGUGGACGAGCACCCGGGCGGAGAGUCCAUCCUUGCGCACGUCGGCACCGACGCCACGGAGGGCGUGUACGGCCCGCAGCAUCCCAUCACCACCUUCCUGCUCAUGGAGGAGUACUGCAUUGGCAAGCUUGCGGCGGGCGAGGAGGCUGCGUUCCAGAAGAGCAAAUAGGGGGGCGCAGGCGCAUGCUUUGGGUUCUGGUGGGGGCGUGGCUUCUAUGACUGUGUGGUUUGUUCCAGCAUGGGUUUGGCGUUGUCAGGGGUGAGCAGGGCGUUGAUUUGGUUAUGUCAGGCUUGAGCACCAAGUAAGGCUGUUCAAGCGGGUGGCCAAUUGAAGAAAAGAGGGUGCCGGCGUGCCGGCGUGCCGUAACAGAUGGGUAUGUCAGCGUCUACCUGUGCCGCGAGCGGCCCUUAUGAUGCUAGCACGCGAUGCUGGCAAGUACAGUAGAACAUUGAAUACGAAGCUCACAAGAACGAUGCGUUUCGCACACAUCGAAGGCUAAACAGUAAACUCUCGGACACUGCGCUUCUUUAAGCGCUUGUGAACUCUUUAUCGCAACAAAUAUGUGUUGAUACAUCAAUGGUAUAACUA